UGGAGGUGGUGUCUACGGCUCAAGAAUCGCAGAGGAGAUGUCUAUUAGCAGCAAAUUGCUUCGAGCCAUUAUUACUCGCAGACACCUAAUCGCUCAUGCUUCUCCUUCAAUCUCAUCUUCUAGACAUCUUGGAACAUUAGUUAUAGCAGAACAUGAAGGCGGUUCACUCACUUCCACUUCCUUGAGUUCGGUAGAGGCUGCUAGCAAGUUCUUGAAUAAAGACAGCUCGUUAUCUUUGCUAUUGGCUGGGACAGGCCCGUCCUUACACGAGGCUGCUGCAAAGGCUGCUUCAUGCCAUCCUUCCAUUUCUCAGGUGCUUGUGGCCGAUUCUGAUAAAUUUAAACACCCUCUAGCAGAACCAUGGGCCAGAUUAGUUUAUUUGAUGCAGCAAAAAGGUGAAUACUCGCAUAUAGUUGCUGCUUCAGGCUCUUUCGGGAAAAAUGUAUUACCUCGUGCAGCAGCCCUUCUUGAUGUCUCACCGGUUACUGAUGUCAUUGAAAUAUCAGAAUCUCGAACAUUUGUGAGGCCAAUAUAUGCUGGCAAUGCUCUAUGUACUGUUCGGUAUACUGGUUCGGAUCCUUGCAUGUUGACCAUCAGGACGACUUCUUUUCCGGCAGCCUCGGUUUCACCUGAUUCUAAAACUAGUGCUGCACCAAUACACCAGGUUGAUCUAUCAACUUUUAGCGAAGAUGGGAAUUCUAGAUUUGUGAAACAAACCACUCAAGAAUCAGAACACCCGGAUCUUGGAAGUGCACGAGUUGUUAUCACAGGCGGACGAGCUCUCAAAAGUGCUGAAAACUUUAAAAUAAUCGAAAAACUCGCGGAAAAACUUGGUGCAGCAGUUGGUGCUACUCGUGCGGCUGUUGAUGCGGGAUACGUUACCAAUGAGCUCCAGGUUGGCCAAACCGGCAAGAUUGUUGCCCCGGAUCUGUAUAUGGCUUUUGGUGUCUCUGGAGCCAUCCAACACAUAGCCGGUAUGCGAGAUUCCAAAGUCAUCGUUGCAGUAAACAAAGAUGCCGAUGCCCCCAUUUUUCAGGUUGCCGAUUAUGGACUUGUAGGCGAUCUUUUUGAAGUAAUACCCGAGUUGUUAGAGAAGCUUCCGGAGAAAAAAUAAGUUUGCUCGGACAUUCUAACUCAGCUUUAUCAUGUACCGAAAACCUAAUACUACAAUUAUCUAAUGACAUUGCUAAAGAUCCAAGGUUUUUCUGA